AUGCAACAAGAUGGUCCAGAUUAUCCAGAUUGUCCAGAUUGUCCGGAUUGUCCAGAUUGUUCAGAUUGUCCAGAUUGUCCGGAUUUUGCAGAUUGUCCGGAUAGUCCAGAUUCUUCAGAUUGUCCAAAUUGUCCAGAUUGUCCGGAUUGUCCAGAUUGUCUGGAUUAUCCGGAUUGUCCAGAUUGUCCAGAUUGUCCGGAUUGUCCAGAUUGUUCAGAUUGUCUAGAUUGUCCAGAUUGUCCAGAUUGUCCAGAUUGUCCGGAUUGUCCAGAUUGUCCAGAUUGUCCGGAUUGUCCAGAUUGUUCAGAUUGUUCAGAUUGUCCAGAUUGUCCAGAUUGUCCGGAUUGUCCAGAUUGUCCGGAUUGUCCAGAUUGUCCAGAUUGUCCGGAUUGUCCAGAUUGUCCAGAUGGUCCGGAUUGUCCAGAUUGUUCAGAUUGUCUAGAUUGUCCAGAUUGUCCAGAUUGUCCAGAUUUUCCGGAUUGUCCAGAUUGUCCAGAUUGUCCGGAUUGUCCAGAUUGUCCAGAUUGUCCAGAUUGUCCGGAUUGUCCAGAUUGUCCGGAUUGUCCGGGUUGUCCGGAUUGUUCGGAUUGUCCGGAUUGUCCAGAUUGUCCAGAAUGUCUGCAUGCAAGAAAUUAG